AUGUACUUUGAUUAUUUCGAUCAUGACUCGGUGGAAAGCAUAAAUAAAGCGCUUGAUGACUUUGGCCGGUUUUUGGAAUUAGAGGGUCCUUACGAUGGGGUGAUUGGGUUUUCCAUUGGGGCACUCCUUGCAUCCACCUAUCUGAUCCGAGAAACAAAACUGCAUCUCACCAAGGCCUUACCGUUCAAAUGCGCAAUUUUUUUCUCAGCCGCCGCCGCUCUCGAUCCCACUGCUUUGAUGACGGGCAAAAUCACGCUCCUUGAACCAUUGCCCGAUCAGUACUUUCUACCUGGGCUACCCACGGCCCACAUUUGGGGACGAAAUGAUCCUUUAUGGGCGGACCGAAGCGAGCGCCUAUCUACACUGUGCGAUCCACAAGAGAGGUCCAUCUUUUUGCACGACGAAGGACAUGCAGUGCCUGGAGCACGAGCCAAAGAGGCGUUGCUUGGAAGCGUUCGGGCCAUUCGCCGAACGGUGGGUAAAGCAGCUUUAGCAUAG